AUGGAGCCGUCGGGGCCCUUCCACGACUCCGGCGUGGGCGACCUGGACGCCGAAGAGCCGCGCUGCCCGGGCCCGCCUUCGGGGGACGAGCCGCGCCCGCCCGCCGCGCCCCCUGGCUUGGCUCCGGCGCCGCCGCCGCCGCCGCCGCCGGGGCCCCUGCGGGCUCCUCCCCUGGUGGCCGCCCUCCGCCCUUCCUCUCGCCAAGGCAGCCAGCCCAAUGUGAGCGGGGAACACUGGGCGGCCCCGGGCCACUCGCCCAGCUCCAGCGGCGGCGCCGGCGGCGGCGGCGGCGGCAACAAGCACCGGCAGGCCAGCCCGUUGGCGCACCGGCGGGACAGCAACCCCUUCACCGAGAUCGCCAUGAGCUCCUGCAAGUACAGCGGCGGGGUCAUGAAGCCGCUGAGCCGCCUCAGCGCCUCCCGGCGCAACCUGCUCGACGCCGAGCCCGAAGCGCAACCUCUCCAGCUGCUGGGCGCCAGCGGCCACCCGCCGGAGAUCGUCAUUUCCCGCGAGGACAACCACUCGCCCCAGGGGCUGCUCCGGCCGCACCCCAACACGGUCGGCGCCGGCCCGCCGGGAGGCGCCCCCAAGCACCCGGGCGCCGGGGGGCCGCCCUUCGCCAAAGCGCCCAAGCGCAAGAACCAGAACAUCGGCUACCGCCUGGGCCACCGGCGCGCCCUCUUCGAGAAGCGCAAGCGGCUCAGCGACUACGCGCUCAUCUUCGGCAUGUUUGGCAUCGUGGUGAUGGUCAUCGAGACGGAGCUGUCGUGGGGCUUGUACUCCAAGGGCUCCAUGUUCUCUCUGGCGCUGAAAUGCCUUAUUAGUCUCUCUACGGUCAUUUUGCUGGGACUCAUCAUCGCAUACCACACUCGGGAAGUCCAGCUCUUCGUGAUCGACAACGGGGCGGACGACUGGCGGAUCGCCAUGACCUACGAGCGCAUCCUCUACAUCAGCCUGGAGAUGCUGGUGUGCGCCAUCCACCCCAUCCCUGGGGAGUACAAGUUUUUUUGGACGGCCCGGCUGGCCUUCUCAUACACGCCUUCGCGGGCGGAGGCGGACGUGGACAUAAUCCUCUCCAUCCCCAUGUUCUUGCGCCUCUACCUGAUCGCCCGGGUCAUGCUGCUGCACAGCAAGCUCUUCACAGACGCCUCGUCCCGCAGCAUCGGCGCCCUGAACAAGAUCAACUUCAACACCCGCUUCGUCAUGAAGACCCUCAUGACGAUCUGUCCCGGGACCGUCCUGCUGGUGUUCAGCAUCUCCCUCUGGAUCAUUGCCGCCUGGACGGUGCGUGUGUGUGAGAGUCCGGAGCGGCCAGCCAGGAUGAACGGCGGCAGGGUACCUGACUGGUGCCUGUCCUUCCUCGAUAGGUACCACGACCAGCAAGAUGUUACCAGCAACUUCUUGGGUGCCAUGUGGCUCAUCUCCAUCACCUUCCUGUCCAUUGGCUACGGCGACAUGGUCCCACACACGUACUGUGGCAAAGGCGUCUGUCUGCUCACGGGCAUCAUGGGGGCCGGCUGCACCGCCCUGGUGGUGGCUGUAGUGGCACGGAAACUGGAGCUCACCAAAGCCGAGAAGCACGUGCACAACUUCAUGAUGGACACGCAGCUCACCAAGCGGAUCAAGAACGCCGCCGCCAAUGUCUUGCGGGAAACCUGGCUCAUCUACAAACACACCAAGCUGCUAAAGAAAAUUGACCACGCCAAAGUCCGGAAGCACCAGAGGAAGUUCCUUCAAGCCAUUCACCAGUUAAGGGGCGUGAAGAUGGAGCAGCGAAAACUGAGUGACCAAGCCAACACCCUGGUCGACCUUUCCAAGAUGCAGAACGUCAUGUACGACCUCAUCACGGAGCUGAAUGACCGGAGCGAGGACCUGGAGAAACAGAUCGGGGGCCUGGAGUCCAAACUGGAGCAGCUGUCGGCCAGCUUCAGCUCCCUGCCGGUGCUGAUCACGGACGCUUUGCGCCAGCAGCAGCAGCAGCUCCUGGCCGCCGUCCUGGAGGCCCGGGGGGUGAGCGUGGCCGUGGGCGCCCCCCAGACGCCGCUCUCGGACAGCCCCCUGGGGGUCAGCUCCACCUCUUUCCCCACCCCCUACACCAGCUCCAGCAGUUGCUGAACCGA